AUGAUGAAACGAAAUGACAAUCCCGCCGGAAAGAUCCAUAGUGGCCGAUUUCGCAACCUACCGAGCAAGAAGUUACGGGUGGUCCCGCAGGGCGGCGCUUGUCCAGGAAUUGGGUACCCCAAGGAAAAGAUGGGGGCCUGUUUGUGGGCUGGACUGAAUUCAAUCGAAGAAGCAACCCCCUUUGCCAACAAGGGUAACACCCGUGCCGAAGGCACAGUCGUAGAUGUUUGCACUUUCGACGAAAAUGACCGCAAACUCACCAUCGAAGAAGGCUGUUCCAUGAUAUAUGUCACGCGUGCUAUGUUUCGUGCGCUUGGCGGGAAGUCAGGUGCAGAUUCCAUGGUUAUUGACAACUGGGAUUUCAUCGAUGCACCUAAAUGA